AUGACAAAUCGUUUCCAGCCAACCACUAACGUUUCGUACAACUGCGUUGAUCGCCAUAUGUCUCAACCGGAUUUCAAGCAUGAAACAGCGCUGCUGUGGACGGCAAUUUUCUGGGACGAUGGUGUUCACGACUAUGCCGACUUGUCAUGGGAUGUGGUCGAGGUUCUGACGAACAAAAUAGCCAACAAUCCCGUGACAACAACGACGUCACAAUUGACGGAGCUUAUCAAAGAAACCUGUCCGAAGCUGAUCGUCACUGUGGACGCAUUUUGGCAAGGACAUGAUCUGAUCGAAACUAAACAGCGUUUGGACGAGGCUGUCAGCAAGGCACAGAUAACGUCGAUCAAGCGAAUAUUGGUCAUUCGUCACACGGCACCGAAUAAAGGCGUUCCACCCCCGGACGAGGUGUAUCCCGGUAAACGGCCCUGCUAUAAAAUAUCGGUAUCUCUUAUGAGUUUCGAGCUGAAUGACGAAAUCGAUGUCGAAUGGAGGAAGGAGAUCAUCAAAGCGAAUACUGAGUGCGACCCCGUGAACCCAGUCUUGAGUUUACGCACCGUAAGCACGAAACAAUUAUUGAUAGCUGCGCAAGAACUUGGAUCGCUGGUGACAACCGACUGUCUGUCGCUACCUCAUCCUCAGACAUCACUCGGAUUGGUCGGCUGUGUAGCAAGUAUGGCUGUCUGGGAAGACUCUUUCAACGUACCCUGCAAUUUUACUUAUAAGAAAACUUCCUCAACCAUAGAACACCGUUCCCUUCCCAUCCUCUCCUCUCCUGAGUUUGAAGAGUUUCCAACACACUUCAAGGAAUAG